GAUUGGUCGUGCUUCAAAUUAUUAUCGGCACCUUCUUAUGACAUACCUAUUCGUCAUUUCGCAUUGAAAUUAGUUAUUCAACAGAGCUUAAAUCCAUCAAGUUCACAAUGCUACUAACUAAAUGUAUUUCCCGCGCGUUGUUAGCAGUGAAGGAUAUUCCCAUGACAGCUCCAAUAGCCGUUGGUUUGAAGAAUUUUCCACUGCCGAAACAGUACGGAGAAAUCGAGUUCCCUGAGCGCCGAAAAUUGAAGAUUAUGGACAAAGUGCCGACGCAUCCCCCAAAUUUAAGACCACCAAAAAUGCAGAAGAGAUUGCGAUACAUGCGCGGACCCGAAACUUUGCAUAACACACUGCUGCACAAGCAGUACGGGAUGGUUGCCACCAUAGGUGGUAGAUUGAGGUGGGAACAUUUCGAAGUGAUACGACUAAUGGUCGGUCGGCUGAUUGAUACGGACCGAAUGUUCGCCAUUUGGAGAGUAGAUCCUCCUUGGCAACCAGUCACCAAGAAAGGUCAAGGCCAGAGAAUGGGUGGUGGAAAAGGAGCAAUAGACCACUACGUCACCCCAAUAAAAGCAGGUCGAGUGAUAUUUGAGAUAGGAGGAAAAUGUGAGUUUGACGAGGUGAAACCAAUCAUUGAAAAAGUUGUUAGAAAAAUGCCUUUUGCGGCCCAAGUGGUCAGCCAGGAAUUAAUUGAUAAAAAACAAUUAAGAGAAGAGAAGGGGAAACAACUCAACAUGAACGAAUGGUCGUUUGAGUAUAUAAUAAAAAAUAACAUGGGAGGUUGCCAUCAAUGGAUAUCUCCUGUCGAUAGAAGGUGGUUUGGUAAACAUCGUUAAUCAAGAAACAAAUACAUGUCGUCUUAUAACUUGUAGAUAAUUUUUUUUGAAUAAAACAAUUGAACAGCUAAUC